AUGCGUAGAAAGAAAAAAGUAGCACUCUCCACUGAUAUCUCACCACCAACUACUGAGUACAAAAGAAUUUCUUAUAGAGAACUUGAACAAGGGACUUGUUCAUUUAGUGAAACCAACCUUCUCGGAAGAGGUAGUUUUGGUUCUGUAUUCGAAGCAACACUUUCGGAUGGGCUGAAAGUUGCAGUAAAAGUGUUCAACAUGGAACUGCAAGGAGCAAUAAGGAGCUUUGAGGUUGAAACUACUAUACUGAGUAGCAUUCGGCACAGAAACUUAGUUCGCAUUGUUGGAUGUUGUUGUGACAGUGAGUUUAAAGCAUUGAUUAUGACAUACAUGCCAAAUGGAAGCUUGGAGAAAUGGCUACACUUGGACAUGAAUCGUCUAGAUCUUAUAAAGAGAUUGAAGAUAGCAAUAGAUGUUGCAGCAGCCUUGGAAUAUCUUCACCAUGGCCAUACAUUCCCCGUUGUCCAUUGUGAUAUAAAGCCAAACAAUGUGUUGCUCGAUCAAGAUAUGACUGCUCAUGUUGCUGAUUUUGGUAUUUCCAAGCUUUUUGAUGAAGGGGAAACUGUCAUCCAAACACAAACGGUGGGAACCAUCGGUUACGCAGCACCAGGUGAUGCAUGA